AAGCCCGGCAAUCAAAGGCGUCAAGAUGCGGAUCAACGCGGGGAUGUCAUCGACGCCCUGAUUCUUCAAGACAUAUAAAGACACUUCAUUGCUCGACAUAUCUUCUCUUUACACUAUAGACAUAGAACAACAUUUAACAGAAAAAUGACACAUACAAAGGAAGCAACAACCCCCCUUGGGGAAUACCUCUUCACACGUCUCAAGCAGCUCAAGAUCGGCUCUAUUUUCGGCGUUCCAGGCGAUUAUAACCUCAGAUUGCUGGACUACAUCAAACCAACUGGUAUCAACUGGAUCGGGAACUGCAAUGAACUUAACGCUGCCUACUCCGCAGAUGGAUACUCUCGCAUCCAAGGUCUCAGCGCCGUCAUCACUACCUUCGGCGUAGGCGAACUCUCAGCGAUCAAUGCUAUCGCUGGUGCAUACGCUGAGCGAGCACCGGUUAUUCAUAUCGUCGGUGCACCAGCAAGAACCCUUCAGAGUGCCAGGGCUUUGGUGCACCAUACAUUCUUGGACGGAGAGUAUGGAAGGUUUGCAGAGAUGCAUCGACAUGUUACUGCUGCGCAGACUUGUUUGACGGAUGUGCAGACUGCGGCUGACAAGAUCGAUUGGAUUAUUGAGCAAGCUAUGAUCCAUCAGAGGCCAGUUUACCUGCAGAUUCCCGAUGAUUUGGUUGGGAUGCCGGUUUCGACAGCGAAUUUUGAGAAGAGGCCUGUUAUUCGCCCUGCGCCGUCUACUGCCGAGAUCAGCGCGGAGACAGUUGACAAGAUCUUGGAGCGUAUUUACUCUGCUACAAAGCCCCUCAUCCUUGUCGACGGCGAGAGUCGCAGUAUCGGCGCGAUUGAUGAGAUCAACAAGCUCAUCAAUACUACUAAUUGGCCAACCUGGACCUCGGCGUUUGGUAAAGGUCUUAUCAAUGAGGAAUUACCCAACGUCCAUGGCGUGUACUUGGCCGAUAAUGGAGAUGAAGUGUCGUACGAUUAUUUCAAGUCUUCGGAUCUGAUCUUGUUCUUCGGUCCACACAUGAGCAACAUCAACACUGGCAUCUUCAAGGCGAUUCCGGAGGAGAGUGUGACGGUUUCGUUUUCGCCUGGUCAGAUCAAGAUUGCUGGCCAGGUCAUUCGAGACGUAGACCCUCGGCAGUAUCUUCAAAAGAUCGUCAGCCAAUUCGACUCUUCAAAACUUGCCAAGAUUGAGAGUCCUGCUAUCCCGACAAACGCACAACCCGACCCUUCACCGUCGGAUGCUCUCAACCAAGCUCAGUUUUAUCACUACGUGAACUCCAUGUUCCGUCGCGGCGAUAUUGUUCUGACCGAGACUGGUACUGCUGCUACAGGCGGAAAGGUCUUCAAACUUCCCCAAGGCUGCAGCUACUUCACGUGCGUGACAUGGCUAUCGAUCGGAUACAUGCUCCCAGCUACACUCGGUGCAGCGCUAGCCCAACGGGACAUGAAAGGUUCGCAGCGAGCAGUUCUGUUCAUCGGCGACGGAAGUUUACAAAUGACUGCCCAAGAGAUCAGCACAAUGAUCAAGCAGAAGCUCAACGUAAUCAUCUUCGUCAUCAAUAACAACGGAUACACAAUCGAGCGGGCCAUUCACGGGAGGAAUGCGGAUUACAACGAUAUUUCGGCGUGGAACCACCAACAUGCCCUUGGGUUGUUUGGCUUGAGCCAAGAAGAUGCAUCCAAGCGAUAUUUCUCAGCAAAAACGUUCGCAGAACUGAGAACAGCGCUGGACUCGAAAGUGGUACAGGAUAGUGAAGGAGUCACGAUGAUUGAAGUCUUCAUGGGCCAAGAAGAUUGCACUGGCGAGUUGAAAGAAUUGCUGGACAGGCAAAUGUCGCGAGAAAAGACUCAGUAGAUCAGUGGAGCAGAUACGGUCGGAUAUACUUUACUGAUUCAUAUUAUUCUAUUUGAGCCUUUGCAUCCAACCGUU